ACUACGCAAAAGAAAUUUUUCCUCAUAUCAAUUAAAAGGCUUACGUGAGUUUAGCUUUUAAGAUUAUCAACACAGCUCAUUACAAACUUUUUUGCUAAUUGAUCAUAGUGAAACUUCGGAAAUUUUUUUUUUUUGCCAGUGUAUUCAACCCAGACGUUUCAAAAACAUUUCUCUGCAGCAAUCGAAAGACUUAUAUUAUUCUUCAUGGUAAAAGACUUGCACGAAAUUUCGACGACUUUAUCUCUGAAAGAACUUCAACAGGAUAUUCUUCAAGAAAAUUCUACAAUACAGGAAGAAAGCUGGCCAAUGUUUAACUUACAGAAAUCGCAAAAGUCGGAGCCAAAAUAUAAGUGGAAGAUUGUAUGGAGAAACGUGAUAAUUUUUCUCUAUUUUCACAUCAGUGCUAUGUAUGGAGCAUAUUUGUUUUUCACCGUAGUGAGAUGGUACACAGUCAUAUUCUGUUUAUUCACAUUGUAUACUGGAUUAGUUGGUAUAACUGCUGGUGCUCACAGAUUGUGGACUCAUAAAUCUUACAAAGCGAAAUGGCCAAUGAGAGUAAUUCUGAUGAUUUGUCAAACCAUUGCUUUUCAAAAUCAUAUUUACGAAUGGGUGAGGGACCAUAGGGUCCAUCACAAGUACACCGAUACUGAUGCAGAUCCCCAUAACGCAAAGAGAGGCUUUUUCUUUUCGCAUAUUGGCUGGCUGAUGUUAAAAAAACAUCCUGAUGUUAUCAAAAAAGGUGCUACGAUCGAUAUGAGCGAUCUCGAGAAAGAUCCAAUAGUUGUUUGGCAACGAAAACUCUAUAUCGUUCUUAUGCCACUCCUCUGUUUCAUCAUCCCUACAUGGAUACCCUCCUAUUUCUGGGGAGAGCGCCCGAUAUACGCUUGGUACCUCACUAUUUUCAGAUAUACAACGUGCUUGAACAUUACUUGGCUAGUGAAUUCUGUUGCUCAUAUAUGGGGUAUGAAACCAUAUGACAGAUAUAUUUCUCCAACUGACAGUUAUUCAGUUGGUAUAACAGCAAUCGGUGAAGGUUGGCACAAUUAUCAUCACGUAUUUCCGUGGGAUUACAAAACUUCAGAGUUAAAUAACUAUGGUAUGAACUUCACGACAGCAGUGAUCGACGGAUUCGCGAAACUCGGUUGGGCCUAUGAUCUCAAGACAGUCUCUCCCGAAAUGAUUCAACGGCGAGCAGCUCGGACGGGAGAUGGUACAAAGUAUCACCUUAUCGAUCAUGAAUACGAGCAUGCGAGCAAUAAUGUUUGGGGUUGGGACGAUAGCGAUAUGAUUCCUGAAGAUAUUCAAGAUGCAAAGAUAUUAAAUAAGUGUGAUUAAAAUCUUUCAAUAUUAUUUGGAAACAGUUUUUUUCGUAAUAAAUUUCCCUAUUGUAUAAAUAUUUUUGAUAAUUAUUUCGAAGGAUACAAAGCGAUAUUACGAAGGAACUUAUUAAAUAGCAAUGGAUUCUUUUCACGUUACUUUGUUUCUAUAUAAAAGUAGUUAACUUUAUUGAUCUAAUUUUAAUCAUAUAUUUCCAAAAUUAUAUAUAUUACGUAAAUGAAGCUUUAGCGCCGAUUAUCUCGUAAACGAUGAAUAUGGAAAAAUGAAAUUAUAGAUAUCCAUUAGAAAAAAAAUCUAUAUUGAUCCAGGCAAUUCGAAAAGGUCAAAAGUAAAAAAAGAUUUUUAUAUGCAAUUUGUAGCUGAUUCGAAGUCAUGCAAAUUUCUCUUAUUAAACUUUCUUGCAAAUUCAA